AUGAGCGAAAAGGAGGCGGAGGUUCACGUCGUGAUGCUCCCAUGGCUGGCGUUCGGCCACCUCAUUCCCUUCUUCGACCUCUCCACCGCCUUAGCCAAAUCCCGCAUUCACGUUUCUUUCCUCUCCACUCCAAGAAAUCUCCAAAGACUCCCCCAAAUCCCCCAAUAUUUAUCCCCUUUCAUACACUUGAUACCCCUUUCUCUCCCAAAGCUCCACUCCCAUCCCCUGCCCGAAAACGCCGAAGCCACCGUCGACAUCCCGUCCGAUCAAAUGCACAGCCUCAAAAUAGCCUAUGACCAUCUCCAAGCCCCCAUCAAGAGUUUCCUAGCAAAUAAACUCCCAGACUGGCUGAUAGUGGACUUUUUCCCAGAUUGGGCAGUCGAUGUUGCUCGAGAGUUGAAGAUACCCUUAAUUACAAACUACGUCGCAAGUGCCAGCACCGCCGUGUUCUUCGGGACACACGAGGGGGACCACCGAUCGCCUCGGGAUUUAAUGGCCCCCCCAAAGUGGGUCGACUUUCCCUCAAAAGUCUGUUGCAGGGGUCACGAGGCGGGCACGAUGCACGGCGUCAUGUACGGAUUAGAUGCCAUGGGAAAGUCGGCAGGGGAUCGUUUGGGGAGAUUGGUUAACGGCAGCCGGGCCGUGGCCAUACGCACGAGCCCGGCGUUCGAGGCCGACUACCUGAAGCUGCACUCGGAAAUUACCAAAAGGCCGGUCUUCCCGCUGGGUUUUCUUCCGCCCGAGAAAUCGAAAGGGACUGGAGGAAGAACAAUCAAAGACGGGCCGUGGAGUAACGUUUUCGACUGGCUAGACGGGCAAAAACCGGGUUCUGUCGUGUUCGUCAGUUUCGGGAGCGAAUAUAAGCUCAAGAAAGAGGAGGUUCUGGAGAUAGCACACGGGCUCGAACUUUCCGGGCUUCCCUUCCUGUGGGCUCUGAGAGAGCCCAAUCCGGACGAGGCUCUGCCGCUGGGCUUCGCCCGGCGGACGGCGGGGAGAGGGGUUGUUCAGACGGAAGGGUGGGCCCCACAGAGGGAGAUCCUGGGGCAUCCAUCGAUAGGGGGCUCUCUGUUCCAUUCAGGGUGGGGUUCCAUCAUAGAGACGGCAAUAUAUGGACAUUGUCUUGUGCUUUUGCCGUUUGUGAUUGACCAGCCGCUGAACGCGAGGCUGCUGGUCGACAAGGGACUGGCCGUGGAGGUGGAGAGGGACGAAGACGGAACUUUCACAAGGGAUGGCAUUGCGAGUUCUUUGAGGAAAGCUAUGGUUUCGGAGGAAGGGGAGAGAUUGAGGGCGCGUGCCAAGGAGGCCGCUGAUGGGGUUUUUGGGAAUAGGAAACUUAACGAUGAUUGCAUUGGGAAGUUUGUCGACUAUCUGAAAAGUGGGGCUCAAGAAAAGGUGGAGUUGGUGUAG